GGCCGAUGCGCGCGCGCGCGGCCGGUAGCGUCUCCUCAGAGCGGCCGCGGUGGUGACGGCGCUGACGGGGUCCCGGAGCCGGCGGCAGCGGCGGGAGCUGCGGAGAGCGGCGGAGCGGGCGGUGCCUCUUCUCGUCCCCGCAUCCUUCUCCUCGUCCCCCUCCUUCCUCCUCCCCCCGCCUCCGCCCCCCCGCACGCAUCACCGCGGUUCCCGGCACGGACAACAUGGCGGCGGUGUCGGGGGCCGGGGCUGCGGGCGGCUCUGCCAGCGCCGGGGGCCCGGAGAUGGUGCGGGGCCAAGCGUUCGACGUGGGGCCCCGUUACACCAACCUCUCCUACAUCGGCGAGGGGGCUUACGGCAUGGUGUGUUCUGCCUAUGAUAAUGUCAACAAAGUUCGAGUUGCUAUAAAGAAAAUCAGUCCUUUUGAGCAUCAGACAUACUGCCAGAGAACUCUGAGGGAGAUUAAGAUCCUACUGCGCUUCAGGCAUGAGAAUAUUAUUGGGAUAAAUGAUAUUAUCAGAGCUCCAACUAUUGAACAAAUGAAAGAUGUAUACAUUGUGCAAGAUCUCAUGGAGACAGAUCUGUACAAGCUCUUAAAGACUCAACACCUCAGCAACGACCACAUUUGCUAUUUCCUUUACCAGAUUCUGAGAGGGUUAAAAUAUAUCCAUUCAGCCAAUGUGCUUCAUCGUGACCUCAAACCUUCAAAUUUGCUGCUUAACACCACUUGUGAUCUCAAGAUUUGUGACUUUGGACUGGCUCGUGUUGCAGAUCCAGAUCACGAUCACACAGGAUUCUUGACAGAAUAUGUGGCCACACGCUGGUACAGGGCUCCUGAAAUCAUGCUGAAUUCUAAGGGUUACACCAAGUCUAUUGACAUCUGGUCGGUUGGCUGCAUUCUGGCAGAGAUGCUCUCCAACAGACCAAUCUUUCCAGGAAAACACUACCUUGACCAACUCAACCAUAUCCUUGGUAUACUUGGAUCCCCUUCCCAAGAAGAUUUGAAUUGUAUAAUAAAUUUAAAGGCCAGAAACUACUUGCUUUCCCUACCACACAAAAAUAAGGUACCAUGGAACAGGCUGUUUCCAAACGCUGACCCCAAAGCACUUGAUUUGUUGGAUAAAAUGUUGACCUUUAAUCCUCAUAAGCGGAUUGAAGUGGAACAAGCUUUAGCCCAUCCAUAUCUGGAGCAGUAUUAUGAUCCAAGUGAUGAGCCUGUAGCUGAAGCACCCUUCAAGUUUGACAUGGAGUUGGAUGACUUGCCGAAGGAGAAGCUGAAAGAACUGAUUUUUGAGGAAACUGCUAGAUUCCAGCCAGGAUAUCGAUCUUAAAUUGUGCAUAGGACAAGGACUUAAAGGACUGGGCAUGCUCAAACGUUGCUGUUCCUCUUCCCAGUUCUUUAUUGUUGGUCAUGUCUUGUGGCCUCUCUCAGCUUAUCCACUAACUCCUUUGAGCCAUUCAGGAGGGCAGUUCCUGGUAGUUUUGGCUUUUCAUGCUUUCAAUGAAUCUUUUAAGCCUGAAGAAUUGUAAUUGACACUCCUAUGCGUAAUGCCCAUGUUGAUCUGUGGCAGUACUGUACUGUAAGUGCAUCUACUGCUGGCCGUAUUUUAACUGCUUGCUUUCUGGUUUGAAAGAUGCAGUGGUUCCUUUCACUCCCGGAUCAAUAUCCACGAAGAUAAUUCAUUAACCUGUAAGACGUUUACACCAUGAACUAUGGGUUUAUGACUUUACUGAAGUCGCUGGCAUUUAUUUUGUUUUGUUUUUAUUUUUUAGAAAAGCUACUAUUCAGGGCACUUUAAGUCAGUGACAUCCCAGAUUUUUUUUGCACUUCCUUUUUAAAUAGAAAUGGUUACACCCAGCUGGGGUUAUACCAUUGUGCUAUGGAUUGCAGCAUAAGUCGUGUUCAUGUUAAUCUUGCUUAUGCACUUUGGGUGUCCUGUGCUGUACAUACAGGUAUUCUAUACAGCGUAAGAGCCACAUAGAAGCCCAACUUAAUUGAAUUCAUACAAGAAACAUUUUUUUUCCAUAUAUUGAUGAAAUUUGUACCUUUUUCUCUCUGCCUUUUCUAAAAGAGAUCAUUUAAAGUUUAACCAUGUUGGAGGCAUAGUACUACUUGUGCAAAGAGAAUGAGUGGCAGCUCGCCAACUUAUAGUUACUCACCGUGUGGUGGAAGAUUAACAAAGAACAUAAUGGCAUGAUGACCUAAUGGUGAAUGCUUUUCUCUGUGGAAGGCAUCCAUGUCUGGUGGCAAGCGAGAAACCAAAAUACAAUGUUAAUAAACUCAGUCUACAUCCUGCAUGCCAAUGAAACGCUUCAAGUGAGGUUUGAUAGUUUUUACAUUUGAGUCUAAUCACUGACAUUCAGAAUUCUUGCCGAGAGGAACACUGCAUCUUUAAAUGAGAAAGUUUGAUUUUACUUUUGCUCCUACAGCAUGUCAGCAUCUCAAGUUCAUUUCUUGCAACCUACACUAUGGUGAUUUGUAAUCAAGCCUCCAUGAGCUCGUGACAUGAAGUACUGUUCUGUUGUCAAGUACUAUCAAACUUUUCUGAUAAUGCUGAGUUAGGACAACCAAACAAAGCUAGCACUAAAUCAUGUUUAAAAUUGUAUACCUUUUAAUGAUCUUUUCAAGUAUUUGUUACUGAAAUUGUAUAAUGUGGAGUUUACUAGGUGUUAUGUUCCAGUGCAGUGCCUCCUUUUCUUUCCCCACUGCUCUCUGUGGUGAGAAAUUUGCCUUGUUUAAAAUAAUUACUGUGCCCUCGCAUGACUGUUAAAGCUUUCUGUGCAAAGAUGAUUGUCUAAGUGCCACAUGCCUAUGAUUGAGAAAAAAAUAAUCUAUUGUUACCUCUGAGUUGUGUUCAACUGAAAUGCUAUUCAACAAAUAACUUAGGAAAAAUAGUUCUAUUUUUAGCUUUUCAUAUCUCUGCUGUCUUUUUCUCAUUUUAUUUUGGCAGCAGUGAAGAAUGGAUUGUAUAAAGACUGCUUGCUAAUAUGAACAAAAUGCACUUGUAAUUCCUGGAAAUAAAUUUAAAUCUUAUAUCUUCACAUUAACAUUAAGAAUUAGUUUUUGGUUUCCUCUUGGGUAGUGUGUUUGAAUGGAAAUCAGGUUCAAUUUCUACUGUAGUACAUAAGGAUGCUGGUUGGUUAGAAACUCCAGGCUUCCUCAAUACCAUUUAGUCUGCUCUUGACAGAAAUCUAGAAAGCCAUUAACAUAGACUUCAAUAGAUAAGGGUGCUUACAGGAUUCCAUUUCAGAUUUUUUUUUUCUUCUAGUUUCAGUGUUAGUCUGCCAAAACUAAUUUUAAAUAUGCAUGGGUUCAUCAUUAAAGGGCAUUUUCAAUUCGGAAGUUCCUGUGGUACAUAAGUCUCUGUGGCGGGGAACAUACUAGGAGCAUUGUUGGGACACUGCACAGGUUGAAUUGUGGUGUGAAACCUAUGCUAAAACCAUUUCUAUUGAAAUAUGCACUUGACUGUUGAUACUAAGUGUAGGAAUGUCUCUUGACACUUCUACACAUCUUUACCAAAAUGCUUUUCUCACUCAGUUUUGAGAAGUCGAAAUAUUUCUAGAAUCUCUGCUACUUGUACGAUCACCAUUACUACAGGAUUCAUUUUUGGCAUGGUUGGAAAGAUGACUGUUACCGAGAUUAGUUUGUAACACCUCAGUUGUAAUUUAUUAAGGAAGAACUUUGGCAGCUUACUUCACCCUGCUCUUUCCCAAUUCUUCUUUUUAAUACUUUCUUUCAGUGUGGAUUUUUGGGGAGGUGUAGACUUGCCCUUGCGUUCUGUCUCUCCGGGUGAGAAGCCAAGGGCUUGCUUUACUGAACAUCUGGUGCUUUUGGGCUUUCUUCCUUCACUAUUUUCGCUGAAUCCAGUUGGCCUCCAUCACUAACCGCAUUCAUCAGUCUUUUGCAGAAUUCAGUGAACAUCAUUGGGUUGAAUUUGACAUGUCAACAGGAGAAGCAUGAUUUUAAUUUUUUUUUGUCAGAUUUUGAAAAUAGUUUAAAAGAAGGUGCCUAUACCAACACUGUGUUAGGUCAGUGAUUUCAGCAUUGUGCAUAGGUAUUUUUUUCCUUAUGUAGUUUUUAUAUUUUAGAGCAGAGAACAGCAACUCUUAAUCAAAGUAACACGCAUAUUUCAUGGUAAAGAUGCUUUGGGAAUAAGGAAUGUAAACAGUUCACUGUCAAAAACAUUCCAACCUUACAGCUGAAGAAAAAUAUGCAAACAAAAUUCUCACGGCUGCUUUGGCAAGUAACUGUCCUUCUCUGCUGUCCUGCCUGUCGCCGGGCUCUUCCUCAUCCCUAUUACACGUCUCACCAGCCUGCAGUGUGCAACACACUACAUGGGCUGGGCACUGUGUGAGCUGUCAGGAGCAGCAGUGGUGACAGAGCUCGGCAGUGGCCAAAUGAAACCCAAGGAGUUGAGCACGGUUUUCCUUACAGAAUGAGAAAAAGAAAAACCUGUCGUUGCUGCCCACUGUAAUAUGCUACAGUAUAUUUAUACCAUGUCGAAGAUGUUUGCUGAGCAACUGUACUAUAGAUUUAAACUUUAUUAAUAUAUAUUUGCUUAUGUUAGUGUAGUUUAUAUAGUCCUUGGUUAUUGAUAAAUUUAUUGUGUUGUUACAGCACCGUGAUAUGGUAUAAAUAUAGGUCUAUACAUGCACACCACGUACUCAUGAGUUUGGUCCUUUGCAUAGUACUUUUAUAUUUGUACAGCAAUGUCUUCAAGCAAUCCCAGAUUUUAAGGGAAAUAUUUUUGUAAAUGCAGUGGUUUCAACAAAAGAGUCCAAACAAUCCUUUUACUAAGUUUUAAAUAUAUUUGUGGUUCCAAAUGGUUUAGUUAACAAUUGAAAUCAAGACACUAAAUUAGUGAAAAGUGCACAUUAGUAAAGUGAAGCUUACAGUGGUUUGUGUAGCAUGUGCUGUGAUCAAACUAGGUGAAGCAUUGGAGGAAAUGUUGGACUACCUUUGUAAAUCUAGAACAAAUUUCUAAAGGUUGCAGCUGGUUUACUUACUAUUGUUGCCUUUUCUUGUGUUGUAUCAGUGUAGAGCACUCUUAAAAUACUCAAAACUGCUUUGUCUUUGCUUUGUACUGUUGGUGCCUUCUUAGUCAUGUACCCCACAAGUCCUGCAUAGCUGAUUUAGUUAAUGGUAAGUUUAAAAUAAAAAGCAAAGGAAGAUUUUAUAAAAAGAAAUCAUUUUCUGUAUGUUCUUAUUCAUUGUAACAAUUAAACGUUUAUAUUGUGACAGAUUUGUGAUUUGGUUAAUCUGUAUAGAUCAAUUGUAAGUAGCAAAGGUUUAUAUUUCGUCUUAUUCUUUUGAUGUUGUAAACGUAUGUGACUUUCUUUUUAAAAUCAGGUAACUUAAUGUUCUGUUUUGUUUUUGGCAUCUGAAUCUUGUAAAAACAAAUGCAAAGAAAAUCAUUAAAUUGUGUCCCUGUAUUACCAAAUCAGCAUAGUGCUGUGCAUAUAUAGAAUGACUGGAAUUUUGCUUUAAAAUGAGCUGCUGUUUUAUAAACCACAAAUACACUGAUGUGUAUUUCAUUGGCGUAUCCAAAAACAUGACUGUCACUCGAGUGCUGCAGUAAUGAGUAGCCUACAUUUAAUAUUUGUAAGUAUUCAAGUGUUUGUUCCACUGUAUGGCUGUGCCAGUUUGAGAUUAAAUUAGGGCAAGCCAUUGGAAAAACCACAGAUGAAGUUAGUCUAUAGGCAGGCAGAAAUGCUUCAUCUUCAGUGCAAGACGGUUAUGAAAUAAGGUUUUGAACUGUUGAGCACAGAAUAAUCCAUGUGGAUUCCAGUGUGUCUGAUGUCACAGUUUUUUUUGACAUUCUUUACGUGGGUAUUUGUGUAGUUAUCACACUGCUCCUGUGAAGUCUUGAACACAAUUACAUGAGCAAUCCUGAGAGACCAAAUGCUUUCAUUUUACUACAGAAAGGUUCCUCCCAAGGCCAGGGAUUUGAGACCUGUGAUUUCUGGGAGCAGUGCAGAUCAGUUUGCAUCAUUGUAAUGGGCUUUCAAUGAGUUCUUAGUUUAUUUUUUUUUUAGCAUAAAAUCAGACCGUGCCAAAGAACUGAGCUCUUAAAAGGUGUAGCUGGAUAAUGGCAGCUAGAAACUUCUCUAGUUUAUACAAAAGCACCAGAAACGUGACCUGAAACGAAAGACUGCUUAGCUGUAGCUGGCAGGUCUGCAACAAGUCCGAGAAUGGGCUUGUCAGGAUUCAUCUCCAUCCUUUCUUUGGCUUUUACAUCAAAGAAUGCAUUUUUUCCUCAGAAGAUUACAGAAUUUUGUUUCACCAUAGGUAGGUUUAUGCAUGUUCUGAUGUUCUUGACUGUAGCUGCCUCUCACUUUCUUUGUUCCCCUGGCAGAACACUGUAUUGACAGCAGUGUGUACUUCAGUGAGUUACUCCAACGUAUGACUGCAGUGCAGCUUGUCUCGGUGGAGGUUUUGACAAGCUGCUGAUUGACAUAACACUUUUGCAAUCCUUACUGAAGCAAGGUUAGUUUGAAAUAUGCCUAUUUCCUGUAUUUCACCAGAACUGGACCUGAUCCUCUCUUAUCUGCAGGCUUCCAGCAGUGCAAGCGCGCUCAAGCUGUUGGAGUCAAAACCCAUAGAGCUGGCCUGUGUCAGCAAGAACCCCGGCAUGCUCUGGGAGCUGAGCUGCCUGUGUGGGGCCAUGGUGCACCCAAAUACUUGUGGCAGCUUGUGAGGAACCACUUCUGAGCCUAAGCCCUGUUUGUUGAAAAGGUGCUAGUGUAGGUUUGAUGGCAUCAAGCUUUGCAGGACUUUCUCUGCAGGUUAAAGAUGCCAGCCUCUGCACAUUUCAUUUUCUGUUAUUUUCUAUUAAAUAGCCCUUGGCAAUGGGUUAAAAAUCCAUUUAAAACCCAUUUGAGGCAUGUAGAAGACACAGAUUUCAUUGCAUUGUUAUGUGCCAUGUUGAUGGUAUCUGAUGUGUCCUUUCACCACAUGUAAACCUCUUCAGCUACCUUCAGAAGAGUUCUGGAUCUCCAGUUCUGAAGGCAGCUUUGGUGACUGCAAACCAAGAUCCUGGUGCUUUGCCAGGCAGCCAGUGUUCACAUCCUCAUCAGAAAUGUGGCCCCACUCAUGGGAUGCUCAUGUGAAGGCUGAUCAUGGAAGGCAGAGGUGAGGAUUGUUCAGUGACCCUGCUCUCCUUAGAAAUUACUUUGUUGGCUUUUCUUGAGGUGCUUUCCAGACCUUUGGUUUUUCAUUGUGUCUUGCUAGUGACAAUUUACUUUUUGUCUUAUUCAAGCUGGAUCUAACAAAGUUACGGCUGUUCUAAAAGUCUUUCUUCUAUAGGAUACAUGAGCUUUCUGAUGAUAAACAACAGGUUAUUGAUCCCACUAGUUAAAAUGAUGUAAAUCCAGUGAAGAGGUAAGCAGGAAAUCUGGAAGUUCUCCCAAGACUCCUAUUGUUGGAAGCACAGGGUGUGGUCUGGUGACUGGCUUUCUGGGAUGACUAUAAAAUUAAAUGUAAGAACAAUGCAUUUGGCCAAGAUGCGGCAUGAGACCCAGAUCCAUUGAGUUUCCUGGUUGCUGUUGGGAAUUUCCACCUGAAGUCUAACGUUGCCUGGUUCAGACUUUUCUCUUUUUGACCCUAAAUCUUUAAAUACCUUGUGAAUACUGAAAGCUUCCUCUUACUUCCCUGAAACUGCCUCUCAUCUUCCUGUCACACAGAGCCCAUUUUUCUUAAGGUCUUUCCAUUUAAUCCAUGUGCUGGAGAAAUGUGUGGUCCUUCUAGCUUUUCAUUUUACUUGGUACAGAGGUAGCUUAUGUUUGUACAUGGAGACUGAAAAAGGAGCCCUAAAGUAUUCCAUUUCUGAUUUCCCAGAAGAGAAAGAAAUACCUUGACAGCAUGUUGUGUUUGCAGCAUUUUCUCAUCUAUGAAUAGAGUUUAAAAAUGCUUCCAUUUAUUUUGUGAGCUUGUGUGGCACUCGACUGCAUUAACUGUCACCUGAAGUCCUGCUGCUCCACAUCUUCCACUACUGCUCUGCCUGGGCUGACCUUUGUUCUCGCUGAGUUACUGUCUUCAGCAGCACUUCCCUUCCUUAGGGCUUUACACUUUCCAUGUUGGUGCUUUCUCCAAAGUCCUUUUAGCUGCUAUGACUCACUCCAUGACUUCCCUCUCUUUGUCCUCACUGUUCUUUAUCUCGCAUGGCUGUAGAUUACAGCCAGCCUCACAGCUCAACUUCUGCUUGCUUUUUGUUCUGUUCUGUAAAGCUGAGCCAAGGACACAGCUUGGGCGUCGCAGAGCUGGGCCCUGGUUACAGUCGCUGGCUUUGGGAGGGCGCCUGCGUUGUGCCUCUCUUCUGCUGUCAGUCAGUCAUUGCUAUGCCCAGGAUGGCACCAGCUAAGGCAGGGAUUUGAAUUACACCUUAUGGUGUUAAUGCUGCCCUUGAAUACAAAACCCAGAAAUAACAAUGGAAAAUGUCACCAUCUCUUGCCAAGCUUCAUCACAUUGAAAAACUAUUUUGAAAUUCAGGCUUUUCUAGGAAAAAAACCCCAAAACCCAAAGCCGUAAAAGAAUGCCAUGGAAAUUCUUUUAAUUUGCUAUUACUGCAAGACUGGAGAUGCCCCUUUUAGGGAGUUUUGGUGGUUUGCUUUGGUUAUUUUGGGGAUUUUUGUUAGAUCCAAGAGUAAAUGGCUUGUCCUGAACAUGUUUUUCUGCCUUAAAACUGCAAAUGCAAAAAUGCUGAAUAUUCAGUGUUUUGGCUUGAGACUCGCUGACGCUGGAAGGUUUUUUAGUCAAGUCUCUCCGUGUUCACCCUUCAUUGCCAUAACCAGUACUUGAAAGGAAAUUUUGACUACAAUAUCUUUCUGUGUUCCUGGAAGUGUUAAAACUCACAAAUACUCUGACAUGUACUUGAGACAUGGUAGACUCAAGAGCUCAAACUUCAGACUUUUUAAUGCAUUCUGUGGUUUUGAAAAGCGUUUUGUUAGUUUUCAUACAUGUAUAUACUGUUGCAGGCUUUUUAAUGAGGUAUGCCACAGAUGUGGAGGGAACACAAGCUUCUGCAGGCCAGCUACAUACUCAGUAAUACUUAAAUGCCCGUUGUUGAUGCUGCUAUAGCUACAUGUUCUGAUCGUGUGUUUGCUCUCACAUGCGGCGUAAGUGCAGCACUGCAGACAAAAUUGGAGGGAUUAAGGAAAAAAAACUUGUGGUCAUUUCUUACGCAUUCUUUUGUAGCUAAACUUAUUUUACAGACUUAGUUUUGAGCAUAUGUUUAGGAUUUUGGGAGAGCUGUAUUAAGCUGUUUUCACAGCUGACUUGGUGACAUUUCUCUUAAGUGUAACACGCCGUUGUUCCAGCAUGGCAAAGGUCUGCAUAAUUCAUGUGUGUUCAACUUAAUCACUGGUUUUCUUCUUGUGACAAUAAAUGGCAUUGUACCAAAAGCAAUAUAUCCUGUGUGUAGUUAGUAGUGGAAAUAAUUAUUACUGUGCGGCUUUUAUUUUCAUUGUCUUUCCAGCCACUAGCAUGGAUCAUGUGCAUUGACAGUUGCUCCAGGCUAUUAAAGAUGUCUGGGUGGGAAAAGAAAAGGCCCUGAAUAAAACUUGUUUGCUUUCUGAAAGCUGCUGCUGUACUUUGAAGCAGAAAAGUGUUGCACCUGAUGCUGCAUUGAGCUUAUUUCCUUCUGAGUCUUAUCAUCAGAAUACAUCUAGAUCUAGAGUGUUUCUCCGGAAUUGCUCCUCCACGCUUUUCCUCUUGUGAAAGGCCCAGGCUCAACACCAGCAUCGUUAGAGCCAAGGAUUAUCAGAGAGCGGAAGGGCUCCUUUUUCUCUGCUUGAUUUUGGAAUUCUGCUAAGCUAUGCUCAGCCUUAUUAGAUCACGGCACUGUAAAAAGACUUAUGGAAUGCUGCAACUGGUUUUGCUCACCAACUACUUAACUCGAGAGCAGAUAAGACCGCGCAGGCAAUAUGCAAUGCAUGGGAACUCUCUAGUCUUAAGUUCUGUCCCUCCUGCCCCGUCAGCAGCAAUUCUGUGCUGCUGGCUCUGCAAGUAAACCAGCCCUGGAGAACUUUCCCUUCAAAGAGGGAAGCUUUGUUUUCCAUUUCUGGGUGCUCAUAAGGGCAAGAUCCUAGGACAGUUUUUUCCCCACCACUUGCAUUUGACUGCUAGUGUGUAGAUCCAUCGUAC